AUGGCAACUCUAUUCGCUCGCUCUGUGGCCCGUACAUCGGUUGGAUCUGCUCUCCGCAGUUCCAAGGUUGUCUCUGCUUCCUCCAGACUUGGAGUUGUUCGAUUGACCAGUUACUUCACCCCAGCCCACGAAUACGUCAAAGUGGAGGGCAACAUUGGAACGGUUGGAAUCACAGAUUUUGCCCAAUCCGCUUUGGGGGAUAUCGUCUUUGUGGAUUUGCCCGAGGUCGAUGACGAUUUUGAAAAGGGUGACAGCUUUGGUUCGGUCGAGUCUGUCAAGGCUGCAUCGGAUGUCUAUGCCCCGGUAGCAGGGAAGGUGAUUGAAACCAACGACAAUAUCUCGGAUGAUCCCGGUCUCGUCAAUACUGCAGCAGAAACAGAUGCUUGGUUCAUCAAGUUGGAAAUCAGUGAUGCCAGUGAAUUGGAUGGUCUCAUGGAUGAAGCUGCCUACAAGGAACACUGCGACAAGGAAGCUCAUUAA